GACGGACAGUCCAGCAUUGGAAAUGUUUAUCACGGAUGGGAGUCUCUCCUGGGAGGGAUUGGGCAUAAGUUCGGGGGAGAAGCAGAAGACGAAGACGGCAACCGCGGCGGAGGAGCGGCUGCACAUGUGACCGCCGUGCCUGCCAUUUCUGGCCUCAAUGCCAAUCAUGAGAAGAAACAACAAAAGCAUGGGUUGUCCCCUCCACGUCAAUUGCUCUGCUAGACUAUGCUACACUAUGCUCGCAUCUUAUGUAUUAUUGACCAAUCCCUUGCUACAUCCUUCAAG